AUGGCGCUACGUAUUAAUGAUAUGAUUGACGUGAGUGAAGUACUCGGAUUAUCCGUGAAAUAUGAUGCAAAAGAAAGAAUUCAAGUAAACGCUACAGCUGUUGACAGUCUCUCAUCCUUACAUCUGCGUCCAGGAGAUAUAAUACGUGAAGUGAAUGAGUAUCCCAUUGCAAGUAAAACUAUGCUCAAUCAUUUCAUACAAGCAGCAAUUAUCGAAAAGGGUCAGGUAAAUUUUACAAUCGAAAGUUCGGCCGGAGGCAUUGACAGUUAUCGCGAUCAGGUCGAAUUGGCAAACGAUGUUCUAGAAAUCACUCAAAAACAAGAUUUUGUUGAAUUACCAAUUGGAGCUGAUUUUGAUCCAUCGAAACUAAAAACAUGUAAAAGUGCUAAUAUCGAGAUGAGAAGUAUGCAAAAACGUGGUUCUUGA